GAGAGCAGAGGCUCCAUAAAACUUGACAGAUUGCUAGGUUUUGUUCACACGAAGCUUUUAUUUUUGUGUUGGGAAACUUAUUGAAUGAUGGUUUAGGUUCUUUCAUUGUACUAUUGUAUUCAAAUAUAAUUUGUACCGAUGUCGAUGAUUUCUUGGAAGUGAAUCGUGGUUGUAAGGAUGCUUUGGCAUGCUUUUAGGACGGCUGGAGCAUGGUAUUUCAAUAAACAAUUAAGGCUGUCACAAUCCUUCCCACGGACGAAAUGCCUCAGCGUCUCAUACUUUGGCUGUCUCACAAAACUCUUCGUAAACUCAGCCCUUGUAUCUGCUCUCUCGCCUGAUCAAGAGUUUGCUCGUUUUCCCCAAUAAUAAGUGGACAUAAAGAGUGAACGGAUUACUGGCAGCACAUCUUUCUCGCGGAGUCACUUAAGUUACGUUCACACAGGUCCGGUUUAUAGCCACAAAUAUGAAUAACUGGACGGACCGUUCUAACUGCUCGUUGAAUUUCAGUUCAGUUUGUGGGGAUGGUCAGAUCAACUGGACACAUUGGGAGACGGAUUACCCCGUUACCCUUUUCCCUGUCCCUAUUCUGAUGGGGAUAACAGUCACAUGCUCUCUCCUCUUCCUCGUUGGAGUUACCGGGAAUUUAAUGACCAUUCUAGUGGUCACCAAUUACAAGGACAUGAGGACAACCACAAACCUGUACCUGUCCAGCAUGGCCCUUUCAGACCUCUUGAUUUUUCUUUGUAUGCCACUGGACUUGUACAGAAUCUGGAGGUACCGGCCGUGGAAUUUCGGAGACGAGCUUUGCAAACUAUUUCAGUUCGUCAGCGAGAGCUGCACCUACUCCACUAUUCUCAACAUCACCGCCCUAAGCGUGGAGAGGUACUUUGCAAUCUGCUUUCCUCUCAGAGCCAAGGUGGUAGUUACGAAGGGUCGAGUGAGGGGAGUCAUCCUCGUUCUGUGGAUGGUGGCUUUCUUCAGCGCUGGACCGGUAUUCGUCUUAGUUGGGGUUGAGCACGAGAACGGAACGAAUCACUGGGAUACCAACGAGUGCAAGGUGACACAAUACGCCAUCAGGUCCGGACUGCUGACCAUUAUGGUGUGGGUCUCAAGCAUCUUUUUCUUUUUGCCAGUGUUUUGCCUAACUAUAUUGUACAGCCUUAUCGGGAGAAGGUUGUGGAGGCGAAAGCGAGACUCAAUGGGACCCAACAUCUCGAGUCGAGACAAAAACAAUAAACAAACAGUAAAAAUGUUAGCUGUGGUCGUAUUCGCCUUUGUGCUCUGCUGGCUGCCCUUUCACGUGGGUCGCUAUUUAUUUUCCAAGUCCUCAGAAGUCGCUUCUCCCCUUAUGUCGCAGAUCAGCGAGUACUGCAACCUUGUCUCAUUUGUGCUUUUUUACCUCAGCGCGGCCAUUAACCCCAUCCUCUACAACAUAAUGUCAAAGAAGUACAGGGUCGCGGCCGGAAAACUUCUUGGGGUCAAACAGACCUCUCGCAGGACAGCAUCUACCCUGAAGGGUGAAAGCUCCCCAAUUUGGACAGAGUCGAGUUUGAGCACGUGACUUCGCCUCGCCCACUUCUCCAUUCAUGGAUGCGUCGUCUAUAAUCGUCUGAGUCUUCUGCCUAUUGGUUGAAACAUGACGGGUAGGCUAUCUGAACGUUACUUACGGAUUUCUGGGAAAGUGACUGAUUCGCACAAAUAUACCAGAGGCCAGUGGGAGAAUGUUCAACUCAAUGUAUUCUCGUUAAGCAAAGGAAAUGAACAGGAAUGAAGAAAUUA